GUUUGUCUGUCUGUCUGUCCGUCUUUCGCUGCACUUCAUAGGUUCAGCUAUAGGCAUUCCGUGCCUGACAACAACCUUCCCUAAGCACCUGACACUGAUGCUUUUGGUAAAAGGUUCCACCUUCGAUACCAAUGUCCUCCUCGUUGGCCCCGUCGCUUCAUGACGUCCUGUCAGACUUGCACCACCGUCCAUAUCCCCAUGUCCCCAAUCCGCCCUCGUGUAAGAAACGUGCCUCCGUCGCUUUGAUCCUCCGUGUCCGUCCCACAUACCACCACUGGCCCAAUUCCUCGUCUCUCUCUGCUUCAGAUGUUUCCGCCUCCGUUCCGCAACGACUGGAGACGUUCUUCGCACAGGACUGGGUCCAGAAUGGAGAACCGGAAGCUCUCUUUAUCAAACGAGCAUCGCGCGUAGGCGAUCGCUGGACUGGCCAUGUCGCCCUGCCAGGAGGAAAACGGGACCCAGAAGAUGUCGACGAUAAAGCUGCCGCAAUUCGAGAAGCCGUGGAAGAGAUCGGACUGGACUUGACAACGAGUGAAUGUAUCCAUGUGGGAAAUUUACCAGAGAGAGUAGUGACUUCAAGUUGGGGAACAGUACCUUUAAUGGUUCUCUGUCCUUAUGUCUUCUUGUUAACGUCCAGUGAUUCGCCCACCCUCCGAUUACAGCCUACGGAAGUCGCUUCGACCCAUUGGGUACCCCUCAGAGCCCUGCUCUCCUCAUCCCUGAGAACGGUGGAACAUGUGGACAUGACUCAGCGGUUGGCGAAUAUGGGCGGGCUUCUGGCCCGCCUUGCAUAUCGCUCGAUGAUGGGCUACAUGCAGUUUUCUGCCAUCCGGCUGGCUCCAACUGAAAGCCUACAGUGCAACUCGACUCCGGGCUAUAUUCCAGAAGGCAACCAGCCGUCCACCUCUCUCGUUCAGCGCUGGAAAUCCUGGUGUUUGGGCAGUCAGACACACUCCGGCCACCAAGACCAGCCACUCCUUCUCUGGGGUAUGACACUGGGUAUUAUGGCUGAUUUCCUAGAUAUGCUUCCACCUCACACCGCUGUACAGUUAUGGAAAUAUCCAAAUUUCACAGCAAUAGACUUGCGAUUCAUUAUAAACGUUCUGACAUAUCGUCUGCGCAAGCACAACCGCAGUCAGGUCCGGUCGGGUGCCCGGCCCAGCAACACGGCGGUGGAUAGCCAGACCGCUGCCCUGCCGGUCACGAAGACCGCAGCGACCAAUGGGGAUGCGGAACACAAUCAAGUCGGCAUUGGAGGGCUUGGAGUAGGUAGGUAUUUCGGAUCAUCUGAUACAGACCCUACCGGCCAUGCAUAUGCAGUGGGAAUCAUGCUCCGGGGCUACUAUGAACGGGUGCGGAUUGCCAUCUACAUCAUUGUGGCCUGGAGGAUCGCACUGGGCUCUACAGCCGCCAUCUAUGCAUGGAAGCUGCUCCGCCGGCUAAAGUAGAUAUCAAAUAUGUCUAUACCUGAAAUCUUAUAUAACCUGUGUGGAUAACAAUGUUAAUGAUGAC